GCAGCGGCGGCUUGCUCGGCGUGUUGCGGCCUAAACGACAGGCCCACAGCCCCUGACGAAGGCUAAGCAUCGCUCUGGUCCGAGCAGCACGCUGUCGUAGCGCGUAGCGCCGCCAAGGCAUCACACCACACCACCCUGCCAAAAACCACUGCCAAAGUGUACGCAGCGCUACGCGGCGGGGCGCCAGUACUCGAAAAAAAGGCCGUCCUCACACCGCGCGUCGCUGCCAGCCGCAAGAAACCGUUGCCAAAAGACCGCAGAGCAUGUUCCACCUCCCCGGACGAGGUACCACGGCCCUCACCGUCAAAAGCUCACCACCGAAGACCGCGCAAACGGCGACGCGACUCGGUGUCAGGGCGGGCGUCCUCACAAAACGCGACGAGCGCGGCGCGUGGCAACGCCGGUACUGCGCUCUAGUCCCGCAGACGUUACUAUUUUACUAUGAUGAUGAAACGAGUGACGACGCGCGCGGUAUUAUCGACUUGGAGUACUACGGCGACGUGCAGAUCGUGCGGGGCCGAACGCUACGUCUAGCCACCGCCUCUGACGUUCCACUGCGAUCCUUCUUCUUCCAGGCGGAAACGGAGGAGCAGGCCCAGAAGUGGUGCGAAGCUUUGAGUAGGGAACGGUAUUUUGUGGUCGCCGAUGAAAGAGAUGCGUACAGAGAACUGCAGGGCGAGUUCUCGACGACGCGCGCGCAGGACGACGAGUCGUGCUCAAAGAUGCGGGAGGCUUCUCAAGAAAGAAAUGCGGCGGCUUCGUUAUCGGAAAAACGAGCAGCCGACGCGUUGGAGGUUUUAAGGGAUCAGGCCUUGGCCCUCGGUCUCGCGCCGCGUCAGGCGGCUGCGUUAACUACACCAGCAGCCGCAGCACGGGAGGUGGCCCACCGGCUCCACUUCUGCGGGCGACGGCGCGAGUCCCUCGAACGGGCGUUGCAGGCGCUCGAGACGUCACAGCCGGAGCCGCCCGAUGCCGCGGAAAAGCGUCAGUCUACCAUCGCCGCAUUGCGAGCGAAAUUAGCUUCACAAAAACAAAAGACGGCCCACGCCUCGACGUCGCGGCUCGCCGCCGACGCGCGGCGCGACGCGGCUCUCCAGACCGCGCGCGCGGCGCGGGCCGCGGUCGCCGCCGCGGCUUCCAGAAGGUCGCGCGCCGAGCGGAGCGCGGCGGAGCUCGUCGACCAGAAGCGCGUGCUCGUGAGGGAGGUGCGCGAGCGGCGCGCGCGGCUCGACGACGCGCGGCGCGUGUCGUCGUCGCUGGAACACGCUGCAGAUUUGCCGGCCGCCGUCGCGGGGCUGAGCGUGGACGACGCCGUCGAGCGUCUGAGAAGGGGGUCGGCGCCGAUGGUCGGGUAA